AUUUCAGAAUUGUUUACAUUCGUUCGUCGCUUUCAGAUUCCCCUUUAUCUUUAUCUGGCUUAUCAGCUUUAAGUCACGUUGUCAGCGAGAUGGCCCUUUCGAUCUUCAAAGAUCUGCCGCCGGAGCAUCCGCGCCACCUGAUUCCAUCGCUAUGCAGGCAGUUCUAUCACCUGGGCUGGGUCACCGGCACAGGAGGUGGCAUGAGCAUCAAGCACAACGAUGAGAUCUACAUAGCACCAUCGGGCGUCCAGAAGGAGCGAAUGCAGCCGGAGGAUCUGUUUGUGCAGGACAUCACCGGCAAGGAUCUGCAGCUGCCGCCGGAGAUCAGGGGCUUGAAGAAGAGCCAGUGCACCCCGCUCUUCAUGCUGGCCUACCAACAUCGCGGGGCGGGCGCGGUUAUCCACACCCAUUCCCAGCACGCCGUGAUGGCCACGCUCCUGUGGACGGGGAAAACCUUCCGCUGCACCCACUUGGAGAUGAUCAAGGGCGUGUACGAUGAGGCGGAUAAGCGAUAUCUGCGCUAUGACGAGGAACUGGUCGUUCCCAUCAUCGAGAAUACACCCUUCGAGCGGGAUCUCGCCGACAGCAUGUACGCCGCCAUGAUGGAGCAUCCGGGCUGCAGUGCCAUCCUGGUGCGACGACACGGGGUCUACGUUUGGGGACAGAACUGGGAGAAGGCCAAAACCAUGUCGGAAUGCUAUGACUAUCUCUUCUCCAUUGCCGUGGAAAUGAAAAAGGCCGGAAUCGAUCCGGAGAAGUUCGAGAGCACUUAGAGAACUUGAACUGAUUAAAAUACACACGCCAUUCGCUGUUUAACCCUAUAUAAGCCUUAUACUGCAUUUAUCAUCAGACAUUUUCUGACCAAUGCAAGGUUAUAGUACUGAAAAAUAUUAAUAAAAAUCAAAACUUUAUGAAAAACUUUA